AUGGCAUUACUUAAGCUAUCCAAUACAAUAGUAUCAUCUGGUAACAGCAAGGUCAGGCCAAGCGCCCCCUUCAACUCCAACUCUAAGAAGGACUCUGACGAUGACUUUGCUGACAACAUUGUCAUUUGUGAGAUAUUGAGGAAUAGGAGAGUGACGGUGAGGACUUGGCAAGGGAAGGUUGCGGUGGACAUUCAUGAGUAUUACAACAAAGAUGGCAAGCAACUCCCUGGAAAAAAAGGUCCCUUUUUUUCCUUGAGUGCUGCCCUGUUCUCUGUCUCUGGUCUUGUAUCUGUUAAUAGCUUGAGUGCAUUCUUCCUUGCUUUUGACACUCCCCCUCAAGAGCAAAGCUCUUGCUUCUUGAUUCAAGGAUAG